CUCUUUCUCUCUCUCUGCACAGGACUUCCCAGUGACUUUGCAUUUAGCCCCACAACCAAGUCCCAAUAAGUUUCGGAGUGCACGGGGGUGGAGGAGCGAGAAGCCUGGAGCACCUCCGUGUUUUUUUUGCGCUGCGUCGUGCGUAAAAGAAAAAAGAGGAUCCUGUUUAUUUACCUGUUGAUGAGGUCCCACCGGCUGUGGGACGCACAGAGAAGAGAAGUCUGAGAAGAAAACGGCGCAGGGCUACACAGCAACUCGUCAGUGGCCAGGAGGAGAGCAGGACCUCGGGUUUCUUUCCUUCCCUUUCCCCCAGCACAUGCAGCCUGAGCUGGGUUGGUGGAAAAUGGGCACUUCGACCACCAGGACCUUUGGACUUAUCCUCUCCUUGAUACUCUCAUGCCAGCUGGUUACUGUGACUCAGGCCUCCAAGGUGUGGGGCGAGGUCCCUCUGCCAGAGGACUUGGAGGCGAAGAAGGACGUCAAGGCGUCUCCGAGCUUACUGGACGACGACGAGGACUUUGCUGCCGAUGAAGCUUCGGGAGAUCUGCCCAGUGGAGAGGAUGAUGGAAGCACACCGUGGCCUCCAGAGAGCACAAGCCACUGGUUGAACUCCUCCCAUAUGGGGAACAUACAGAGCCCGGUCGAGCCGGACGAACUUUAUUACAGAGCUCUCGUCAACUUCACCGACUCCCUGGUCUACAGCCCUGAGCUCGAGGACAUCUACUCUACAGCCUUUAAUGAGAUCUCUGAAGCAGUGGUGGACACGCUGGAGUCGGAGUACAACCGGAUUCCAGGUGUCCAGACAGUCAGCGUGGUCCUCAUUAAGAAGAUGGUGAGAGAAGAUGGCGUGGACGUGUUUGUGGAGCUGGACGUGGGCUCCGACUACAACAGCGACGGCGAACAGAUCCGUGGCGUGCUGUACAGCGUGGUGAAGGAGGGCGCCAUCGCUUCCUACGUCACAUCGGUCCAGGGCUUUCAGUUCCGACGACUCGGGGAAGUAACCCCCAGCAUCAGGUCCUGCAUGCCAGAUGAGCACAAGUGUGGUGACGGGACAUGUAUCCUGAUGGAAUACCUGUGUGACAAUAGACCAGACUGCAGAGACAUGAGUGAUGAGAUCAACUGUGAACUACCAACUCCUCCAGUCUACACCACCCCUCCCACCACAACCACCACCGUCAAGAAGCCCCCGCGGCCCCCCAGCCCACCUGGCCCCUGCAGAGCCGAUCAGGCCACGUGCCAGAGCGGAGAGUGUAUCCCCCGGGACUACAUCUGUGACGGGGAGAGGGACUGCUCGGACGGAAGCGACGAGUUCCGAUGUGGUACCCCGUCGCCCUGUGAACCCAACGAGUUCAAGUGCAGAAAUGGCCGCUGCGCCCUCAAGCUUUGGCGCUGUGAUGGAGACAACGACUGUGAGGAUAACUCGGAUGAGACAGACUGCCCCACCAAGGGUCCCGGCGACAGGUGUGCUCCCGAGCAGUUUGAAUGCCUGAGCGAUCGCACCUGCAUCCCAGCCAGUUACCAGUGUGAUGAAGAGCCGGACUGCCCUGACCGCUCCGAUGAGUACGGCUGCACCCCCCCCUCCGUGACAAGCCCACCGGAAGAGUCCAUCCAGGCAGCUCGGGGAGGGUCGGUGACGUUCACCUGUCAGGCGGUCGGAGUGCCAACACCCAUCAUCACCUGGAGACUCAACUGGGGACACAUUCCCGUCAGCGGCAGGAUCUCCAUGACCAGCGAGAACGGCCGCGGCACCCUCACCAUCCGUGACGUGAAGGAGGCGGAUCAGGGGGCCUACACCUGCGAGGCCAUCAAUGCCAAAGGCCUGGUGUUUGGUAUCCCUGACGGAGUGCUAACACUCACAUCAAAUCCCAACUCAGGCGACUGUCCUGAUGGUCAGUUCAGUGUGGACGGACGCUGUGUGCCCUGCUUCUGCUCCGGAAUCACCAAGAUCUGCAAACGCACCGGCCGCUACCGCAACCGGAUCACCCUGCGUUUCACUGAUGAGGAAGAUUUCAAAGGAGUGGAAGUCACUUAUCCAUCCAGGCCAGGCAUUCCUCCUCUCUCCUCCACUCAGCUCAUCAUCAACCCUGAAAUGGAAGAGUUCCAGCUCGUCGACCUGUCCCGUCGUUUCCUCAACCUCGACUCCUUCUGGACUUUGCCUCGCCAGUUUCUGGGCAACAAGAUCGACUCCUACGGGGGAUCCCUGAAGUACAAGGUGCGCUACACGUUGGCCCGCGGCCUGUCCGACCCUGUGGAGAAGCCAGAUGUGAUCCUGGUUGGAAACGGACGCAGGCUUGUGUACCGCAGAGGCGGCGCCGCACCUGCCCGAGAGGUCAACCAGAAGGAGAUCAAAUUCACUGAAGAUAAAUGGCAGCACUCCAAUGGCCGUGCUGUGAGCCGGGAGGAUCUGCUGAUGACGCUGGCCAACCUGGACAGCGUCAGCAUUCGCACCAUCUACGACGACCACAUGGUCAGCGUGGCGCUCAGCGACAUCAUCAUGGAUACCACCAGCGUGGAGUUCAGCACUCAUGGUCACGCUAAGGAUGUGGAGGAGUGCAGAUGUUCUCCUGGAUACACGGGCCUGUCCUGUGAGAUGUGCUCCUCUGGUUUCGAGCGCGUCCCCGGCGGCUCUUAUCUCGGCACCUGUGCUGGUUGCAACUGUAACGGACACGCCAGCGCCUGUGAUCCAAUCAACGGACACUGCCUGAGCUGCCAGCACAACACAGAGGGCCCUCAGUGUGACAAGUGCCGCUCCGGAUACUUUGGUGACCCGAGCCGAGGUCGCCCCGAUGACUGCAAGCCCUGCCCCUGCCCGUACUAUGAGACCUCACGCCGGUUCUCCGACACCUGCUUCCUGGACGUCGACCAACAGCCAACGUGUGACGCCUGCAGACUCGGCUACACAGGAAGACGCUGUGAUAAAUGUGCCUCUGGUUACCACGGUAACCCCCUUGUACCGAACGGAAAAUGCGUUCCUGACCAAAGCUCCAAGUGUGAUAACAGAGGAACCCUCAGCUCCAGCGGCCGGCCAUGCAGCUGCAAGAACAACGUGGCAGGCACUGUGUGUGACGAGUGUAAGUCCGGGUUCUUCCACCUAUCGGAGGCCAACCCCGAGGGCUGUCUACGCUGCUUCUGCAUGGGCGUCACCAAACAGUGCGCCAGCUCCACUUGGAAUAGAGACCAGGUGCGGGGAGGAUCGAGCGGGCAGCUCUUCUCCCUCUCCAACAGCGCUAACACUGAAAUUAUCUCUGAAGGCAUCACCCAGCGAGGCUUCUCCGAGAUCGUCUACCGCUCCUUCUCCAGCAUCCCCAGCGACGUCUACUUCUGGGUGCUUCCUGAGAGCUUCAGGGGAGAUAAGGUGACGGCCUAUGGCGGAGAGCUUCGUUACGCGGUGCGCUUUGCCCCGUAUCAGCGCUCACAGGUGAUUGACGGUCAGCCGGACGUGGUUCUCCAGGGCAACGGCAUCUUCCUGGAGCACUACUCCCAGAUCAAGCCCCUCCCACGCGUCCCACAGACCAUCACUGUGACCUUCAGAGAGUCUGCGUGGCGUCGCGCUGACGGGCAGCCGUGUACUCGUGAGCACCUCCUGAUGGCGCUGGCUGACAUCAGCCUCUUUAUGAUCAGGGCCUCCUACACAGACAAAAUGGACGAGAGCAGUAUCUCAGACAUCAAGAUGGACGUCGCUGUUCCUCACUCCAAUGGUAAUGACCGUGCUCUGGAGGUGGAGGAGUGCGCCUGCCCUCAGGGAUACCGAGGACCCUCCUGCCAGGAGUGUGAUGAAGGCUACACGCGGACCAGCUCCGGCCUCUACCUGGGCACGUGUGAGAGGUGCGACUGCAACGGUCACGCCGGCGGCUGUGACCCAGAGACCGGCAGGUGUCUGCAAUGUCUCCAUAACACUGACGGGCUAAGGUGUGAAAGCUGUAAGACUGGUUUCUAUGGAAACCCUGUUACAGGCAGUGCUCAGGCCUGCCAGCCCUGCCCCUGCCCUGGAACCACAUCCAGCAACCAGUUCUCCCCAACCUGUUACCUGGAGUCUGACGGUCAGCCGACCUGUAACAGCUGCCCCCAAGGAUACACGGGCCGACGCUGUGAAAGAUGUGCCGCAGGAUACACUGGCAACCCACAGCUUGGACAGAUAUGUAGAGUUGGCAACAACGAAGUCAAUGGUAACUGCUAUAACUGUGACCAAAGAGGACAGGAAAGCUGCAUUGGAGGCGUGUGCCGCUGCAAGAUGAACACCGAAGGCCCGUCGUGCUCCAGCUGCAAGGCCGGAACCUUCCACCUCGGCCAGGAAAACAAAGACGGCUGCCUGUCCUGUUUCUGCAUGGGCAUCACUCAGCAGUGCUCCAGCUCCACUUACUACAGAGACCUGGUUUCCUCAGUUUUCGCUCCAGGGAACUUCCAGGACUUUGGUCUGGUGAACCGUCAGCGCACCAGCCGCAUCUCUACCGGCUUCACCGUGGAGGUUUCCACUGAAGGCACUCAGCUGUCCUACUCCAACUUUGACUACCUGGGACAGGAGCCCCACUACUGGCAGCUUCCAGGGGUCUACCAGGGAGACAAGAAAGACUCUUUCUUUACGCGAACAAAACGAGGGGAACAGAGUGACUCGUACUUGCCGGAGGAGCAGCUAAGGAAGGAUGCUUCCAUUUGGAACCUGAUGUCCUCACAGCCUAGAGACACCCACAGAUCCAAGAGGGCUCGCCAGGGUGACGUCAGACAGAUGGAUGAUGAAGUCUGGGCGCUCUUCCCUAACUUCUCCAAUGGACGAGCGGGUUCCCCUCCCUUCUCCUCCUCCUCCUCCUCCUCCUCCUCUUCCUCCUCCUCCUCUUCUUCUUCUUCUCGGGUCCCAAUUUCCUCCUCCUCCUCUUCGUCCUCUCGAUGGUUGUUGCGUAACCUGAGCCCCUCUCCUCCGUCUGGUAUCUCCUCCCCAGUUAGGCCAACCAGACCCCAGACCUACUCCCCAGGCUACGCUCCUCACCUGCAGAGCAAGAAAAGAGUGAGCAAGACUUCUGCUAGCGCUUCUACGGACGGCGGCAAGUACGUUCUGGUCUACAAAGGUUUCAGCUUGCACCAGGACGAUCUGCUCUACUGGCAGCUCCCAGCGCAGUUCACGGGGGAAAAGGUCGGUUCUUACGGCGGUAAACUCAAAUACACCAUCUCCUACGUGGCCGGGCCCGGAGGAACACUGCUCGACGACGCUGACAUCCAGAUUAUCGGUAACGACAUCACUCUGGUGGCUCGUCAGCCCUGGCAGAGGAGGCAGCAGGGCAGCAGAGAGACUCACCGGUUUGAGAUCGUCUUCAGAGAGGAAAAUUGGCACCGUCCUGAUGGCAUGCCUGCAACCCGCGAGCACCUGAUGAUGGUUUUGGCCGAUCUGGAUGACAUCCUCAUACGAGCGUCGUACUCCACCGAGAUGCGAUCCUCCAGCAUCUCUGAGAUCAACAUGGAAGUGGCUGUGCCCAACUACAGCGGCUUGGCGCAGGCCCUCGAGGUGGAGCAGUGUCGCUGCCCACCUGGAUACCAGGGGCUGUCCUGCCAGGACUGUGGCCCUGGAUAUACUCGCACUGGAGGAGGUUUGUACCUGGGUCACUGUGAGCUGUGCGAAUGUAACGGCCACUCUGACUCCUGCCACCCGGAGACCGGCAUCUGCACGAGCUGCCUGCACAACGCUCAGGGUGAGCUCUGUGAGCAGUGCGCCCCUGGCUUCUUCGGCGACCCCACCGUUGGCACUCCGGAGGACUGCCAGCCCUGCGCCUGCCCGCACGCUGACCCCGACAACCAGUUCUCUCCGACCUGUGAGAGCCUCGGAAACGGAGGCUACCAGUGCACCGCCUGUCAGCCCGGCUACACUGGCCAGUACUGUGAGCGCUGUGCUUCUGGAUAUGUCGGCAACCCACAGGAGAGACAGAAGUGUCGCCCGUACGAUGCUGCAGCUUCUCUGGUGGUGAAGGUUUAUCCAGAGAGGGUCCUGGCAGCCCCUGGCGGCUCCGUCACUCUGAGGUGUCAGGUGUCCGGCUCGCCUCCCCACCACUUCUACUGGUCCAGAGAGGAUGGACGGUCCAUGUCCAGCAGCGCUGACAAACGCAGACACGAAGCAGACCUGCACUUCCCCAGCGUCCAGCCGAGUGACGCCGGCGUCUACGUCUGUACCUGCCGAGACCAGCGCAGCACCAACAGGAGCCGCGCUGAAAUCGUUGUCACAAGCGUCCCAUCCAAAGCCAUUGAGGUGACGGUUGAGGAGCCCAAAUCUCAGACUAUCAGGGUGGGAUCCACUGUCAGCUUCAUCUGCACAGCAAAGAGCAAGUCACCAGCCUACACCCUGGUUUGGACCCGCAUGGGCAACGGGAAGCUCCCCAACCGCGCCAUGGACUUCAACGGCAUCCUGACGAUUCAGAACGUCCAGCCCGAGGACGCCGGCGCCUACGUGUGCACGGGCUCCAACAUGUUUGCCAUGGACGAGGGCAAUGCAGUCCUCUACGUGCCAGAGGCCUCACAGACUCAGAUGUUUUACACAGCCUAUGAAAUGUUUGAAGGACACAGAAAGUCCGGAGAGGGGGCCCAGCCUGUGGCCGCCGUCACCCCCUCGGUGCUGAACGUCCAGCAGGGCCAGCGGGCAGAGUUCCGCUGCACGGUGACCGGGAACCCAACCCCUGCCAUCGAGUGGAUCGGACGUCCAGGGAACAGAAUGAGUCCCAGGGCGGUGAUACGAGGUGGCGUCCUGACCUUCACUGCAGUGGACCAGGCUGACGAGGGAGACUACACCUGCAAGGCCCUGAACACACACGGCGAACACACAGCGCGGGUUUCCCUCUUCGUACAAAAAUCCAACCCGACCGGCCUCGGCACCCAGCCCCAGGUCCAGGUCAGCCCCCAAAACAUCCAGGUCCACGAGGGCGAGACCCUGAGGUUGUACUGCCGCGCCUCCGGGUCGCCCACGCCCAAACUCACCUGGCUGAAAAACGGAGGACAGAUCCCCGCACAGGCCAUUCCCUCUCACGGUUUCCAUCAGUUUAAAAGCAACAGUCUCGAUGUGUUACACAGACGUAUUGAGGAGCUGCAGGCCCGAAUGGACCGAACCGACACCGGCACCCUGCUCAUCCCCAACAUCAGGAUGUCCGACUCGGGCACUUACAUGUGCGUCGGCAGCAACAGCUUCGGCUCAAACAGUUCUCCCAUUAAAGUGUCCGUGAUCAAAGCGGACCACAGCUCGUCCGUGAUCAGCAUCGAGCCGUCGAUAGCCGACGUCCAGGAGGGUCAGAGUCUGGAGCUCAACUGUCUGGCUCCUGGGAAUCCUCCUCCCCAGGUCACCUGGGCGAGAGUGAGCGGAUACCUCUCCGCCAACGUCCAGGUUGUGGGCAGUCGGCUGCUGCUCCGCUCGGCCUCUCCAGAGGAUGCAGGGGAGUAUACCUGCCGGGUGCAGGGCUUCACUGGAAACCCAGGAUCUCACGUCCAUCAGGCCUCGGUCUCUGUGUCCGUCACCUCGUCCUCUUCACGUCUGCAGAGUCCAAUCAUCGCCAUCGAGCCUCACAGCGCUGCAGUGCGUGUGGGGGACUCGGCCAGCUUCAGGUGCAGGGUGUACAGCGGAGCCCAGCCUGUCAGACUGGAGUGGAAGCUGGCCAAUAACCAGCCGCUGCCAGAUAACGUCAAAGUCGACCUCAACGGAUCUGUUAUGACCAUCAGCAGUGCUCGCCCCGCCAACCACGGCGCCUACCGCUGUGUGGCGAGCAACCCGUUCGGCAUCACCCACACCAUCGUGUCUUUGAUCGUCAAAGAGUCUCCUGUGGCCACCGUCACUCCCGUUGGACCAGUGCACAUCAGGGUGGGCGAACCCAUUAACCUGGAAUGCCAGGCGUCAGGGGAACCGCGCCCCUCGGUCUCGUGGCACCGGCUGGACAGCAACCGCAAGACCAUGCUGAGCAGCCCGGUGCCCAUGGAGUCCAACGCCGUCAUGCAGAUACUGGUGGCCCGUCCAGAGGACAGCGGCACGUACGUGUGCACAGCUCGCAACAACGAGGGCUCCACGGAGACCAAGGUGGAGGUCACUGUCCAGGGAGGCUCCCAAGUCCCGUCAGUGCCCAGGGCGUCAGUUCCUGAGCCGCUCAUGAUUGUGGUGGAGGGACAGACGGCCACGCUGCGCUGUGACGCUCACGGUUUCCCGUCUCCGACCAUCACCUGGUCCAAGCUGCGCUCUCCUCUGCCCUGGAGACACAAGAUCGUCAACAACAGCUUGGUGCUGCCCAACGUCGGCCGGCAGGACUCUGGAGAAUACAUCUGCAAAGCCACCAACAACAUGGGCACCACGGAGGUCACCAUCAUGCUGGAUGUGGAAACUCUCCCUUAUGCCACGUCCGUGCCCGAUGACGUGGCCGUGCGGGUCGGGGAGGUGAUCAGGCUGCAGUGCCUGGCCCACGGCACGCCUCCUCUGACCUACGCCUGGACCAAGAUGGAUGGAAGCCUGUCCCCGAGGGCGCAGGUCAGCGGAGGCGAUCUCCAGAUCAACCUGGCUACCGCCGAGGAUGCUGGGAGCUACAAGUGUGUGGCCGGCAACAAAGUGGGCAACAGUGAAGUGGUGGCUAAGGUCACAGUCAGAUCCCCUCUGGCAGUGCGCGUGUCGCCCCAGGUCGAGGUCAAGGCCCAGGGCAGCGCGGUGGAGUUCACCUGCUCAGCGGCCGGCGGUAUCGAAACCAAAAUCGAGUGGCUGAAAGAAGGAGGUGCUCUGCCGCCAAACCACCACGUCAAGGACGGCGUGCUCAGGAUCGAGAAUCUUGAACAGAGCAACGAAGGUGUUUACAUCUGCAGAGCGAGCAGCGUGUUCGGUCAGGCCCAGGACACGGCCAGACUCACCAUCCAGGCCCUGCCGAAGGUGAUGAUCAACGUGCGGACCUCAGUGCAGACCGUGAUGAUCGGCAACUCCGUGGAGUUUGAAUGCCAGGCGGUCGGUGACCCAGAGCCCACGAUCCAGUGGAGUAAAGUGGGCGGGUCGCUGCCGGCCCACAUCAUGGUGAAGGGCGGCAUGCUGAAGAUCGAGCGAGUGACGGAGGCCGACGCCGGGCAGUACCGCUGCACCGCCACCAACGACGUGGGCUCGGUGCAGUCCCAGGUGGUGCUCAACGUGCAGUCCCUUCCUCAAAUCGCUGCACUGCCAGAAACAAAAGAGGUGACGGUCGGGUCUGAUGCAGUCCUGCCCUGCGUGGCCUCUGGAUAUCCUGUACCCGAGAUCAAAUGGUCCAAGCUGGACGGAGAGCUUCCUCCGAAGUGUUUCCAGGACGUCAACGCGCUGACGGUUCCUCGCGUCGCCCACGAGGAUUCUGGGACAUACGUGUGCACCGCCUCCAACAAACAGGGCAAAGUGGAGGCCUUCACUACUCUGCAGGUUCAUGAGAGAGUGAUGCCGUACUUUGCUCAGGAGCCUUUGUCCUACCUCACUCUGCCGACCAUCAAGAACGCCUACAAGUCCUUCAGCAUCAAGAUCAACUUCAGACCUGAUAAUGUCGAUGGUCUCAUUUUGUACGCUGGUAUGAUCCUCUACAACGGCCAGAGAAGAACCACGGGAGCCGACUUUAUCUCCCUGGGACUCGUGGGCGGCCGCUUGGAGUUCAGGUUUGACGUCGGCUCCGGCAUGGCCACGAUACGAGAUCCCAACCCCGUCAAACUGGGAGAGUUCCACACCGUCGAGCUGCAUCGCAACCAGACCCUGGGCUACAUCAUCGUAGACGGAGGGGAGCCGAUCAACGGCAGCUCACAGGGCAAGUUCCAGGGUCUGGAUCUGAACGAGGAGCUGCACGUGGGUGGUUACCCCAACUACACGACCCUCGCCAAGACCGCAGGCAUCAAGACCGGGUUUGUUGGCUGCAUCCGUCAACUGGUCAUCCAGGGAGAGGAGGUCAUCUUCAAAGACCUGGACCGCAGCUCGACGGGCGUCACCAACUGUCCCACCUGCAAAGAUCACCCAUGUCAGAACGGCGGCAGGUGCGAGGACUCCGACGCCAGCUUGUACAAGUGCGGCUGCCCCCGAGGAUUCACCGGCAGCAACUGCCAGCACCACUCGUCCCUGCACUGUCACUCAGAGGCCUGCGGACCAGACGCCACGUGCAUCAGCCGCCAGAACGGCCUGGGCUACGACUGCCGCUGCCACCUUGGCAAGUUUGGAAACAAGUGCAUGGAUGGGGAACUGGUGACCACGCCAAUGUUCGAUGGAGAGGAGACGUUCAUCGCCUAUCCUCCGCUGACUAACAUCCACGAUGACCUGCGCGUCGAGAUGGAGUUCAAGCCGCUGCAUGGAGACGGCCUGAUGUUCUUCUGCGGUGGGAAGAAAAUGAAGGUGGAGGAUUUCGUAGGCAUCUCCAUGGUGGAGGGACACGUAGAGUUCAGAUACGAACUGGGCACAGGCCAGGCCAUCCUUCGCAGUCCCGAGGCCGUGUCUCUGGGCCAGUGGCACCGAGUUGUGGCCGAGCGGAACAAGCGGGUCGGCCACCUGAGGGUCGACCAAGGCCAAGUGGAGAGUAAGACCUCUCCAGGAAAAUCCCAGGGCCUCAAUAUCCACACGCCCAUGUACCUGGGAGGAGUCCCCACAAUGGACAUCCUGCCCAAAGCCGCCAAUGUCAGCGAGAUGUUUGGCGGCUGCAUCGGAGAGGUUUCCAUCAACAACAAGAAGGUGGAUCUGUCCUACAGCUUCACAGAAAGUAGAGCCGUCCGCAAGUGCGUGGACAUCAGCCCCUGCGACCGCCGGCCCUGCCUGAACGGCGGCCACUGUAUGUCCAGCGCUGAGUACGAGUACCAGUGUCUCUGCAAGGACGGAUUUGAAGGUGAGCGUUGUGAGGUGGUGAAAGACAUGUGCCAGAGCAACCUUCAGUGCCAGAACGGCGGCAGCUGCGUCGGCGGUCAGUGUGCGUGUGCGCCCGGGUACACCGGCCUCACCUGUGAAGAGAGCCACGUCUCCAGCUUCCCAGAGGCCCCGUGGAAUUUGCAAGCCAGCGUGGCGAAUGAUUCUCCUUAUCAAUACGCAGCUCAUUUCCACAAUAACGGAUACGUCGCUCUCCCGAAAUCCAUUUUCCAAAGAAGUGCCCAUGACUCACCAGAGACCAUCGAACUGGAGAUCAACACCGGCUCCUCUGAGGGUCUGAUCCUGUGGCAGGGAGUGGACCUGGGAGAACACGGCAAAGGAAAGGACUUCAUCAGCCUCGGCCUGCAGAGCGGACACCUCGUUUUCAGUUACCAGCUGGGCAGCGGAGAGGCACAGAUCCUGUCCCCGAAGCCCAUCAAUGAUGGGAGAUGGCACAAGAUCACAGCAGUCAGAACUGGAAAAGAUGGAUAUAUUCAGAUUGAUGGAGGAGCUACUCUGCACGGACAGUCCAAAGGCAAGAGCCUCAUGGUGAACACCAAAGGCAGCAUAUACCUGGGCGGAGCCCCAGACAUGGCCGCCAUGACCGGAGGGAAGUUCUCUUCAGGGAUGACGGGCUGCGUGAGGAACCUGGCGCUGAUGAACGCCCGGCCGGGACAGCAGCCGGCCCAGGCCAUCGACCUGCAGGCCCACGCGGCGCACGGCGUCAACGUGCAGCCGUGCUCCUCAUAGACUCACACUCCCAUGCAAACACACACAAACACACACGCACACACACACACACACACAGAGAGACUAUGGAGUGAUGUCACACACACACACACACACACAGCAGACUCACACAGAGACUUAAACACACACUUGGUGCUUUG